AUGGAACCAGUGAAGCUUGACCGUGGAAGCUCUUCUUGUACACGUUUGGAACACCGAGAGCACAACCACAGUAACAACAACCACAACAGCCACAACAGCCACAACAGCCACAACAACAGACGACACUGCACGACAGACGAGAACCAAUCUUGGUUGCUUUACAAAAACAGUCCAAAACCUCCAAAGCCAGACCCCGACUCUCCAAAUGACAGCCACGGAAACAAUGGGAGCGGUACUCGCUUCCUACCUUUGAAUCCUCCCCCAUAUUCAGUCAUGCCUCCUAGUCACCAGUACAGAUCUGCCACGCAUUAUGGAUCUGUGAUCCCACCGCCUGUGGCUCCCUUGACGUCUGCAGCUCCGGUCGAGUACAACACGUCUUCAUUUCCGAGUCAACAACUUCAAUCGAUCCCAAUGUCCUGUUCCAUCGUGACAGACAACCAACACCCCACUCAGCCUUAUGGAAUGAUUACUGCUGGCACACAAGCAGCGCAUUACACGGAUAGUAUUCGAACCAGGUCUACGUGCAACAAUAUCGACGCCAGGCAUGCCAACUGUGGCUACCCUCACCAAUACGGGUCGGGUGUCAGUUAUCCACACGCUCAAUAUCCUUACGAGGCCUCAUGGCCGUCUGUUCGUUAUGCAACUCCGUACAGUUACUACAUGGGGAGCAACGGAUCUCUGAGCGGUCCCACGGAACUCAUGCCCAACCACAACUCUAUCGAUAUGAUCAAUCAGAAGAAAAACUUCUUCUAA